AUGAAGCACAUUCUUGUGUUAGCCUUGAUUGCAUUGACAUAUUCUACAACCAUAACAGAGAUGUCAGAAAGACUUUCUUAAUAUGGAGAUCAUCCUUUUGGAAAGUCUAUGGUAAAUUUAGUAACUGUGAAUAUGAAAACUGGUGGUUCCCUGAAUGAAUUGAAAUAACUCUUAUAAUAAAUUAAGGAUGNUAAUAAAUUUCAAGAAACUUGCCAUAUUUUUUAGCUUUCAGGCAAAACCAAUUAAUUUCAAUAAUUUCAUGAAAAUAUAAAACCCAAUUUAAAUUCUAAUUCAUUUUUUUUUAAAGAAAAUUUAAUUUUGUAGAGAAGUAGCCAUCUAAUUAAGAAUUAUUAUUCAAAGCCUAUUGAAAAAGUCAUACUAAAACUAUGUGAUUUAAUCAUCGAUAUUACUUAAUUGACCAAAUAAAAAUAAGUUAAGAAUACAAACAAUAAAUUUUAGAAUUACUCUAAUUAGAUUUUAAUGGAGAAAAAAGUUUUUAUUUAUAGUUAAUCAAGUAUAUCUAAUGAACUUAAAGAAUUGUACUCAAAAGGAUCAACAUAUAUCAAAGUUUACAUGACAAAUACAUAAGAUCAUUUAUUUAAUCAAAAAUUAAUUAUCAUCAUGAAAGGCAAGAUUGAAACUCUAAAUGAAGCAGAUAACUAUAGUUUUAUUUUGAAAUUUCCAGAGAAUUUUCCAUCUUUUGCUUUACUUAAUACAGAUCACUAAUUCCACUUUAGCAUCCUAUAUAUGUCUAAAUAUGAGAUUAUGUGCAUCAAAAUUCAAUGA